GUCAAUUGAUGCUUAACUGCGUACGUUUCUUCUUAUUUUUCUUAAUAUUAUUCUCAAUGCUAUUACAUAUCUUGCCAAAUACAAUAUUAAAUUCCAAGUCAUAUUUUAACUUUAUUUAAACGAUUGUAUUGUUCUAUUUUGUAAAUGUAAUUUUGAUAACUUUGCUGUGCUCUAACUUGCUAUUUUCGCUAUGGAAGACGACGAAGAAAACUUGUGCAAGUAUGGGACUCCAUUGCCGUUGUAUGGAGAAGAUGAAAUACCUGCAAAAAAACCAGUCUCUGUUGAAGACCAAAUUGUAUUGGAUGUUAACGGUAAACGACGUUUUCAUGGCGCUUUCACCGGCGGUUUCUCUGCCGGAUAUUGGAAUACUGUUGGUUCAGAAGAGGGAUGGAAACCAACAGAAUUCAAAAGUUCACGUGGGGACAAAAGUUCCUUCAAGAUACAAAAACCAAUGGAUUUUAUGGAUGAGGAAGAUUUAGGUGAAUUUGGUAUAGCACCUCAAAGAGUUCAGGCAAAAGAGGACUUUGCACAUUCCAGUAAAGGGGUGAAACGCUCUUUGGCUCAAAUCAAUUGGAAUGGUCCGAUUGCUGGACAACCGGUUCUACGAUCGCUACUGAAACCGGCGAAAGAGAAAACAGCUAUUUGUAUAUUAAAGAAAAUGGGAUGGCGUGAGGGACAAGGGAUUGGUGAUCGUCAAACACGGACAGAAAAAAAGAAAAUAAAUGAGCGAAACAAAAAGGAAGAGUACGUGAUGAAAAUCUACGGAUGUGCACUCCCGAAGCCAGGUGGUAACUGUGAUAGCACAACAGAUUCAGACAGUGAUUUUUCUGACUAUGAAAUCACGUUUGCUCCGGACGAUUUUGAUCCUCUUGUAGCCGCGAUUAAAGAUAACAGUUUCGGUCUUGGAUAUUCUGGACUACAACGCCAAAAUGCAAUUAAAUUCAACCUAGUCGAUACGUUGGAGGUCGUUGGCAGGAAUAACAAGAAGCUUUCCAUUCGUGGUCAAGCCUUUGGUGUUGGAGCUUUAGAAGAUGAUGAUGAAGAUAUUUAUGCAAAAGAUGAUAUGUCUAAAUACGAUUUUUCAUUAGAACACGAAUUAAAAAAAGUACCUGCGUUAAAAUUGGAUUCCAACUUUGAAUGUUUGGAAGGUUUCUGCCCAAAAAGAAUAAUUUAUAAACAAUCCAAAAGAGUGUAUCGGGUAGUUCUUCCGGAAAAUUUUAUCCCGCGAAACUGGGGACAGAGGCUUAGCAGAUUUGAGCCGUUGAAUGAAAAUCUUGCUAAGUUAAAUGAGAAAAAACAAUAUGUAUUUCAAGGACUUGGUCGGCAUGAGUUGACUCCACUAGAACGAAGUCAUGUUCUAGGAGAAACUCAAAGUUUGGAAUCAAUGACUUAUAGAAAGCCAACAGCUCACGUGAUUGAAAGAAAAACUGACACAGCUUCAAUUGCAGAAACGUCUAGCGAAGUCAGUUUAUCUGAACAAGUUAAAAAAAUUAACACAGACCCCCUAAAAUUUGAUUUGAAAGUAGAAAUGUCAAAUCUUGGAUCUACUAGAGAUGGCUUCAAACCAUUCAUAGCUGACCCUGACAAACAAGAGCGAUAUGAGAAAUUUAUUUCAUAUAAAUCAACAGUGCAACAUAAAAAUAACCACGAAUUCCUGGUUUCGCUGCAGCCGCUCGGUAUGUCUGAAUGGGAUAGAGAACGUGAAUUUAAAGAAUUUAUGCAAGCUCAGCGUAUGUAUCGGCCGUUGGAUGGCCUUAUGUCCGAUCGUUUUAUAACCGAGUCGAGUAUAAUAGCAGAAAAAGAAAUCGAACAUUCAGUAAAUCGUGAUGUGAAAAUGAAGCGAUCUAAAUCCAUGUGGAAGCCACAUAAGGACCUGUGUAAGCGCUUUAAUGUUCCGGAACCGUUUGGUGGUACGUUGGACAUGGAAAUCGAAAAACCGAAAACCAAGUUUUCCGUUUUUGACUAUCUUGAGACACCCACAAAUAAUAAAACCAAUUUUGUAACCCCAGUGAUUAUUCCAUCAAGUUCUGCGAAAACAGUGAAAUCAGUACCGGUACGAGUGUCAGCGGAAUCAAAAACUUUAGAAAGCGUUACUCCUUCGAGUAGCUUUAAUUCUCCGCAAGAACGAAAAUUCACCGAAUUACGUUUAUCGGUCAAUAAAAAACCUGCACAACGAUCAGAAUUGGAGCUAAGGGUAUUAGAAAGUGUCAACAAAAAACCCGAAGAAAAGAAGGAUCUUUUUAAAUCAAUUUUCUACAGCAGCGAUGAAGAUGACUUUAAAGAAGCCAAUUCAAAACAGUCAGUGCAAAAAUCAGAGUCAUCAUCACUAACCGCAAGUGAGAAACUUCAAUUGAUUGAAAGUCUUGUAGCCAUAAAACCAGCCAGCGAAAUUAAUAUUCUUCGAAACAAUUCUCCCCCGCGCGGUAUUUUUAAAAGUAUACUUGAUAUUGUUUCACCAGCACAACCUAAUGAUGGGAAAUCAACACAAUGUCCUGAAUCGUCUCAUUUAGAAGACACAGAGAUUACAAAUGAAUAUUACGGUCCAAAGCUGCCUAGUACAAUUUCGCACACACAAACAGCUUUGUUGACUUCAGAAACCAAUACAACUUUUUUGGAGCCAGCAGCCAGAGAACGUGAUUUUGUUGAAAAAUGGGUAGAAAAAAGAAGUUCUUCAGUCAGCAAAGGUAAAAAGAAAAAACAUAAAGUUCAUCGGAAGACGAAAAAACACAAGAAAGAAAAAAAGAAUAAAAGGUAGACAUUUUUAUAUCAAUGUUUUGAAAUGAAAAUCAGAGUGUUAUAAAUUGUCUGAUUUUCAAUUUCUGUUAAAUGACCUUUCUAAAGUAAGACCAUUACAAUUUAUUUGAUUUCAUGUCAGACAUCUCCUCCCACCCUCAAAAAUGUUCAAAAUUUAAAGGGGAAAAUGAGAAGAUUCAAACCGUUGUUAACAUUACAAUUCUUCCGACAGCAUAUAAGCUUCAUUUCUGCCUGUUUUGCUAAUUUUAAAAUAGUGCGCUUAUUGUGUUAUUUUUCAUCAUUCAUUUGCAUACUUACACAUUUUUAUUGGAAAUAAGUCUUUUUAUAUCUCGGUGUUAUUUACCUUCUUGCCCCCUUCACAUCGUUUACUUUUGCGAAUUUCUUUAUCCCCAGAGCUCUAGUUUUGACCUGCAGCCAACCUGACUGCUAUCAAAACCCUUCAUUAUUCGCUUGGUUUUGAUCCGGUAUUAAUCUGACAGCACCUCUGAAGCACUGCGUAAAACAACUAUCUCGCAUUUUUUUCUUGGUUGCGUCGUAAAUCGCAAUAUCAUUUUUUUACUCCUGCGUGAGUUAGCACUGACCCAGUGAAAUAAAGAAAAUCGCUAUAAGAUAACCUUGGACAUAAAGACCACUCAAAAUUAGUAUCAUUUGUUGGCCUUAAUACAGGAGACGAGGCGAUUUGACUUGACCAUGCAUUUUAAAUGAGACGAGUUGCUCGUCGAAGCUUUCGUAAUCCGCCCCGUUAUCUCAUCAAUCACCAUGGCUUAUUCGAUAAUCUUUAGAGGUGGCUUUAUUAUCUAAUCAACAUAAUUAUAGUCA